GCCGUGUCUGUGCCCGCGGGAGGCUCGGACUGCUCCGCCGGGGCUUGGCCCAGAGGUCGGGUCCUGAGCAAAGGGGGCGGGAGGAGCUCGGGCUGGCGUUUCCCGUCGGCGUAGCCCAAGUUGUUCCCGGUGCCUCUCCGCCCAGUCCGGGCUCCCGGUCAGCGGCUGUCCUGCAGCGUCUGCCGCGCAGAUGCCGUCCCCCUAUGGUGCAGAAUGAAGCAGCUGGCAUCCUGCCUUGGCCUAUGGGUCCUCCUUCAGUUCCCUGCCUCAAGUUCUGGGACACGUGUGGUCUACAAGGUACAGGAGGAGCAACCCCCGAACACACUCAUUGGGAGCCUAGCUGCUGACUAUGGCUUUCCAGAUGUGGGGCACCUCUAUAAGCUGGAAGUGGGGGCCCCGUAUCUGCGUGUGGAUGGCAAGACGGGGGACAUUUACACCACUGAAACUUCCAUAGACCGGGAGAACCUACGUGAGUGCCAGCAUCAGUUCCCAGGGGAUCCUUGCUUCCUGGAGUUUGAGGUAUCCAUCACAGAUCUGAUAAUGAACAGCAGUCCACGCCUUCUAGAGGGUCAGAUUGAGGUACUGGAUGUCAAUGACAACACACCAAACUUCGCCUCACCUGUUAUCACACUGGCCAUCCCUGAGAACACCAACAUUGGGGCUCUCUUUCCCAUCCCACUGGCCAUGGACCGUGACUCGGGCCCCAAUGGUGUGGCUUCCUAUGAGCUCAUGGCAGGGCCUGAAGCACAAGAGCUCUUUGGGCUACAAGUGGCCGAGGAUCAGGAUGAGAAGCAGCCACAGCUAAUUGUCAUGGGGAACCUGGAUCGGGAGCAGUGGGACUCAUAUGACCUGACCAUCAAAGUGCAAGAUGGGGGAAACCCUCCACGGGCAAGCAGUGCCCUUCUGCGCAUCACUAUCCUGGACAUGAAUGACAAUGCACCCAAGUUUGAAAAGGCCUUGUAUGAAGCCGAGCUCUCAGAAAACAGUCCUGUUGGGCAUUCUGUCCUUCAGGUGAAAGCCAAUGACUCGGAUCAGGGCGCCAAUGCCGAAAUUGACUAUUCCUUUCACCAGGCCACAGACAUGGUACGCCGCCUGCUACGCCUGGAUAGAGCCACAGGCCUCAUCACUGUACAGGGGCCCAUUGAUCGGGAGGAUGUUAACAUCCUCAAGUUCUCUGUCCUGGCCAAGGAUAAAGGGGCUAAUCCCAAGAGUGCCCGUACUCAGGUAGUGGUGACCAUAAAGGAUAUGAAUGAUAAUGCCCCCUCCAUUGAGAUCCGAGGCAUUGGUCUUGUCACCCACCAAGACGGCAUGGCAAACAUUUCUGAGGAUGUACCUGUGGAGACGGCUGUGGCCCUGGUGCAGGUGUCUGACCGGGAUGAAGGAGAAAAUGCUGUGGUUACCUGUGUGGUUGCUGGUGAUGUUCCAUUCCAGCUGCGACAGGCCAGUGAGACGGGCAGUGACAGCAAGAAGAAGUACUUCUUGCAAACCACCACACCACUGGACUAUGAGUCAGUGAAGGAGUACACCAUUGAAAUUGUGGCUGUGGACUCAGGAAACCCACCCCUCUCCAGCACUAACUCCCUUAAAGUGCAGGUGGUGGAUGUAAAUGACAAUGCCCCUGUCUUUAGCCAGAGCUUCACUGAAGUGACCUUCCCUGAAAACAAUGACCUUGAUGACCUAGUGAUGGAGGUGAGUGCCAGUGAUGCUGAUAGUGGCUCUAAUGCCAAGCUUGUUUACUCCUUGGUGAUGGAUCCUUCUUCCAAGGGUAUAUUUUCUAUUGAUCCUGAUUCUGGUGAAAUCCGAGUGAAGACGGUGCUGGACCGGGAGCAGAGGGAGCGCUAUGAGUUCCUGGUGGUGGCAGCUGACAAGGGCAGUCCCAGCCUCAAGGGUACAGCAUCUGUGGCCAUUAAUGUCAUGGACAAAAAUGACAAUGACCCCAAGUUCAUGUUAAGUGGCUACAACUUCUCGGUGAUGGAGAACAUGCCACCUUUGAGCCCAGUAGGUAUGGUGACGGUGAUUGAUGCCGACAAGGGUGACAAUGCCCGCAUCCAACUUUCAGUAGAACAAGACAAUGGGGACUUUGUGAUCCAGAAUGGCACUGGCACCAUCCUCUCCAGUAUUUCUUUUGACCGGGAGCAACAGAGCACAUACACCUUCCGGCUCAAGGCUGUGGAUGCAGGGGACCCUCCCAGAUCCGCCUAUGUGGGAGUGACCAUCAAUGUACUGGAUGAGAACGACAAUGCCCCUUUUAUCACCUCCCCUUCCAAUGCCUCUUAUAAACACAUCCUGCCCCACACCAGCCCUGGGCAACAGGUCAGCAAGGUCAAGGCUGAGGACAUUGAUUCUGGGGUCAAUGCAGAGCUGAUCUAUAGCAUUACUGGGGGCAACCCUUUUGAGCUCUUCCAGAUUUCACCUAGCAGUGGGGAUAUCACACUGGAGAAAGAGAUCUUACGCAAGCAUCAUGGCCUGCACCGCCUAGUUGUGCGUGUCAAUGAUAAAGGCAAGCCCUCGCGCCAUGGAACUGCACUGGUGCACUUUUAUGUCAAUGAGACGCUGGCUAAUCGCACUGUGCUGGAGACCCUAGUGGGGCACAGCCUGGACACACCCCUGGACAUAGACAUUGCUGGGGAUCCUGAAUAUGAGCGCAGCAAGCAACGCAGCAACAUCCUCUUUGGAGUCAUUGCUGGCAUUGUGGCUGUAACGCUCGUCAUCGUGCUGGUCAUUCUUGUGCGCUAUUGUCGGCAGCGGGAGGCCAAGAGUGGCUACCAAGCAGGCAAAAAAGAAACCAAGGACUUGUAUGCACCAAAACAGGGCAACAAGAGCAGCAAGAGCAAGAACAAAGUGAAGAAGAGCAAGUCUCCCAAGCCACCCAAGCCAGCAGAGGAUGAAGAGGAGACAGGGCUGCAAAAAUCCCUCAAGUUCAACCUCAUGAAUGACUCUGUAAGUGACAGCCCCCGGAUCCAUCUACCCCUCAACUAUCCACCUGGGAGCCCGGACCUGGGGCGCCACUACCGCUCCAAUUCACCGCUGCCCUCCAUCCAGCUGCAGCCUCAGUCUCCAUCUGCUUCCAAAAAACACCAGGUGGUACAGGAUCUGCCUGCUACAAACACCUUUGUUGGCACUGGGGACAAUAACUCAACAGGCUCUGAACAGUACUCAGACUACAGCUACCGCACCAAUCCCCAGAAAUAUACCAACAAGCAGUUACCUCAUCGCCGAGUGACAUUCUCUGCAGCCAAUCAGGCACAGGACUUGCAGGACCCCUCCCAACAUAGUUAUUAUGACAGUGGGCUAGAGGAGUCAGAGACACCCAGCAGCAAAUCAUCAUCAGGGCCUCGCAUUGGGCCUCUGGCUCUGCCUGAAGAUCACUAUGAGCGCACCACACCCGACGGUAGCAUUGGGGAGAUGGAGCACCCUGAAAAUGAUCUCCGGCCUCUGCCUGAUGUAGCCAUGACUGGGACCUGUACUCGGGAAUGCACAGAGUUCGGCCACUCUGACACCUGCUGGAUGCCUGGCCAAUCCUCCCCAAACCGCAGGCCCAAGAACGCCCUCAAACUCUCUACCUUUGUGCCUUACCAAGACCGAGGGAGUCAAGAGCAAGUUGGGAAUGGCAGCCCCAGACUCUCAGAAGAGCGCAGCACCAAAAUGGCCAACCUCCGUCUGCUCCCCACGUACAGUGCCUUCUCCAACAGUAGCCAUGAGCCCUGCAAGGACUCCCCCAUGGAGGAAAUUCCUCUCACCCAGACCUCGGACUUCCAGCCAGCCACCACCCCCUCAUCCCAAACCACCAAGAGGGAGAUCUACCUGUGAGGCUGAGCCUGAGGGGCAGGGAACAAACACAUUUCUGAGGCCAGUGUCCAGAGGAACAUUUGAAACUUUAAUGCUUUAUCGCUCCUGCAGCCGGUUCUCCAGGUUGUUCCCCAAUUCCUACCCCACUGAGCAAGAAGCCCUAACUGGGUUCUGAGAAUAGAAGGCAGGGCAGGGCAGGGGAAGAAGACCGCCAUUUUAACUCAAUUGUUUUUUUGGGGGUGGGAGGGAAGGUAAACAGAUAAAAACCUAAGGAAUUUCUGAGCACUUGACAGUGCAUCUCUGAAUUGCUGUGUCAGGGAUGGCUGGGUGGGCUCCCAGUGCAGUGGGCAUGGCUGAGGUGAAGGGCUUAGUUACCAAAGGUCCAUGCAGAGCUGGUGGAGUUCCUGGGGCACAGGACAGAGGUGUGUCUCCAUGCACAGGGAGCAAGCUGCCUGUCUCUUUACUGUAGACUCCUGUAAAUAUAAAUCUUAGGAAUGACAUUCAAGUCUGCCUGAUUUAAACUUUUAUUGUCCUUGAAACAAAAGACAUUUGAAUAAAACAAACCACAGGGAGCAAGUUCCAGCUUUGAAUGGUUUGCCACAUGGAAGAGCACAUGGGAGCACAGCUUCCAGCCCACACUCUUGUUCUAUAUUGUAAAUAGAGAUGUGAUUAGUCCCUGAAACAGCAACUGAGGAGCAAGAGAAGGGCAGCAGCCAUGUCCUAUCUGUGGAAUUGUGAGAGCUUGACAUUUUUUUCAGCUGAGACUUCUUUCUGGACAUUGUCACUGUGCCCACAGAUUUUAAGGUCCCCAGGUACUGUGUAGAGCCAGAAAUCAGGGUCUGUAUUGAGUGGUCCCUUUUGGCUCUAUACCCUAUGAAUGCUUAAGCUGAAAGAGCUAGGAGCAGGCAAUGGGGGGCCCCAUUCAAUAUUUACAUCAUUGUCUGUAGAAGCCCUUGGCAUAGCUCUUCUGGUGGGGAAAUGUCACAGGCCAUUGCACCUCAGCCUAUCAUCUUGCACCUCCUUUGGGGCAAGAAACUUCCAUUGGGGACAUCUGUGCCAUGAAUCUGACCGUUGACAUGUCUGCCUGUAAGCCACCAUUGCCUUUGUGAAGAGGAGCUUUGUCUCAGGGUCACACUGGGGGCUGUUGGGUCCCUGGGUACUGGAAUCCCAUUGCCCUUAGGCCAUAGGGCCACUCUCAAGGCCUUCAGCUUUCUCUUCCAGUGUCAAAGGUUGGCCAGUCUCACUGGCAUGGCAUCCUACUGCCCAUCCCCAGGCUCUGCCCGGUCAAGUGCCAGCAUCAUCUGAACUUCCUUUUGCAGGGUACCAAAUCCAGUGAGACAGUAUAUAGUAGAGGGAUAGGAUGGCAACAGCUCCAACAGGUACCCAGAAAGGUGGUCCUUAGCUUGGUCAGCUCUAGCAGGGUAUGCCAACAGACCUCAUUUUUGAGCUCCCAUCCUCUAGAGCCUUAGGAGCUGUUCUGCUAAUUUGGUCUCUGUCCCAUUCACAACUGCUCCAACUCUGGCCUGAUCCCAAUUCCAGAUAACUGGGAAGUUCUGUCUAGGGUGGGGGUAAUUCAUUCCUUAUUUUCCUUUAAGUAAUCCUUCUUCCUUAUCUAUUGGGGAAGCUGGGACUGGGUGUGCUGCAUCAUUGUUCUUCCCUUUCUCCUCAGCAGUUUUUAUUGUUAGGAUCUUCCUUAGGGAGUAAAUCCAAUGGUAGCAGCCUCCUUUCUUCAUUGUUAGUCUCUAUUUAAUCUUUAAACAUAGGGAGAGAGGAAGGAGGAGGGAUACCUGUGUACCCUUGUUGGGACAUUGUGUAUAUGGGCAGUGGCCUGCAGGCAUAUUUUCUAAUGUGAUACUUGUGGUUAGCUCUACAGGGCUUUACUGGCACAGGGUGAGGGCAUUGUAGUCCUUGUCUCAUCAGUCAGUGAGAAUCUGAGACUCCCAUGAAAUUCCUGCAGUUAUCUUUGAGGUGCUAAGAGCCAUGGCACCAAGGGCCUUUCCCUUCCAGCACCUUCUUUUCCCUCCUGAUUAUCCAGUAUGUCUCUCACUAAAUAGUUCUUCCCUUUUUGCUUUGGGCAAGGGUGGUAGGAAUGUGGUCAGUUCCAUGAUGUAACCACCCUCAGGACUUUGGGAACAGAGGGAUACAAGUUGAGCCAAGCUUCGUUCCAAGGAGAUUAUGACCCAAAAGUAAAAAAGUACAGAGAAGGGUGGCAGCAGGACUGAUUCCCAAUCACCCUGCCCUGCUUGCUCCCCUAGUGUCCUGGUUCUCAACUCUUUUCUUUCCCCAGGUGAUGUGACAAGGCACCAUACUGUUUAGCAUUGAAAUGUACAGAGGUGCCACUUGGAGGAGGCAGGACCUUCCUCCUAGCCUCUCCUGUAAUUACCUUCUCUUUUCAGGACACAAGUUCCCAUGGUCCCAUGGGGAAGAUAGGUGGCCUCCACAUGGCCAUCAAGGCAUUCCGGGUCUGCCCUUCCCCGUGGUGGUAGUAUUUGGGGGCCCAAGCUCUCUCUGGCCUGGCUGCUUGAGCAUGUCACUUAAACUUGUUCUUGUUUUAGCUCUGUAGUUUCAGAGCCUAACUGGGCAGAAUGUGCAAUUUGGCCAUGUAGGCCAGGAUCUUUGAUUCCUCUGCCAACUCAGCUGCUCACUCCUCCCACCUGGAUUGGGAUUAGUGGCAGCAAUCCCCUCUGAAGAGGGACUCCUCGGGAGACUACCUAGUGCAGAGCUGAGGAACAUUAGCCUUCAAGACAGAUAAAAUGGAGCCUGGGGUUCCUCUGGACCUGGAUUGCAUGAUGGCUGUAGUUCUGAAGGAGCCUUGGAGCUUAGGACUCUUCAGUUUGAUUUGGGAGCCAGGGGCUGCCUGAGGCAUCAUUACAACUCCCUCAGUCUGAGCCAUUGUGCAUCUCAGGCUAGUUUGGGAAUGAGGAAUUUGCCCUGGAAAGUCAGGGCAGAGGUAUUGCUAGGGAUUUGUCCCUGAUGGUGAGGCUGAAAACAGAGAUGAUGUCUGGAGACACCCGCUGGCAAGGUGGUAGGGACUGACUCCCAAGCUGAGAGCAGAAAUGUUACUAGGGCAAGAACAGAGAUCAUGUUGGAGAUUAGUCUGAGAGACAAGGGUGGAGAUGGUGUUGGGAAUCAGCAUGGGGGAACAAAUUCUGGAAAUUAGCUUCAGAGAUCAGGGCAGAGCUGUCACUAAAAUUCAGUUCCCAGGAUGAGGUAGGAAUCGGUGCUGGGGAUCAGUACCUGGGACAAGGGUGGACCUGCCACUAAGGAUCAGUUCUGGGGAUGAAGGCAGAGAUAAAAGUGACACCUAUUUUCCAGGCUGGGGCAUAGGAUGUGUUGGGAACUGGCCUCCAUGGCAAGAGCAGAAAUGACACUUGCCAGGAUUCCUGAGGGGAACAUAGAAAUGGUAAGAGGCAUCAAUCUCCUGGAUCAGGUCACAGAUGUAAGUAGAGAUCUGUCUGUGGGGCAAGAGCAGAGAUGGCACUGGUGACUGGCAUCAUGGUGAAGGGAUCAGGUCCUGGGAUUAGGACAAAAAUGGUGCUGGGAGUCAGUCCAGAGGCAAAGGUGAUGUUCAUGCUGAGGAUUGCAGCCCUGCGAGAGGGUGGAGAUGCUGGCAGGGAGAAGCUCAUUUGCACAACUAUAAGAAUGAAAGAUAGAGCCUCUGUGCAUGUGGGGGAGAGAAAGCUCCAGUCUAGACAAGCACAGUGAAGAAGGAAUCUGGGGUUACCAGAGCCUCUGAGGAGGGGGUUCACUGUAUCUAUACUGCACUAGGACAAGCCAAGGGGUAAAACCAAAGGUGGGAGCCAGGGAGCAGAUGGGCUGCUUAGGAAGAAUCCAAGUGACCCCUUUGUAGCUCUUCGGUGUUGGUUCUAUUUAUACAAGAUUUAAUUUCCUUGCUUGUGAUGCCUUGUUUUUUGUACAGUUUUAUGUACAUGCAGGUGUAGCUUUUCUAAAGGAGAAAUCCUAUGGCAAAGUAAAGUACCCAACUAUUUUUCAGAUGGUGACCUAUGUCUAAGGCAAUGCCUCUUGCUAAGGUUGUAUUGCUCUCAAUGUGUGAUGCAUUUCCCUGUGCGGGGAAGGCUUUGGGCCUUGGGUCUGAUUUUCCCCAGGCGCUGUGAGCACAAUUGAUUCCCUUGUAUUUCUUUCUGUUUGGAGCAGUGAGCAUGACACCGUUGUGAGCCCCUUUUUGUUCUCUCCUGUUCUGUUUGUUUGCUGAGCUGUCAGAUGAUCAACUCCCUUGUAAUUAACCCUUCCUAAAGCUUUACAAUAAAAGUGUGAA